GUCGCGGUCGCCACCCGACCAGCUCGUCGGCGUCGUUGGCGAGGGGAUACGAUCCCCCGACGCCUCGGGUUCCCCUCGUCCCCUCCCACUUUCCCUUGCGCUCCCCCUCAUCCUCUCUCUCCCUUUUGCUACACUCCCCUCCUCCAGAUCCAGCCGCACCUGUCACCGUCAUCGCCAUGGUUGCCCUCGCCGGCGUGGCUACGCUCCUCCCCGGCGCCUGACGACAUGUCCCUCUGCCCCGCCGUGGUCUGCUUCGUCGCCUGGACCCACAAGACCAAGACGGAGAGCCUCACAUCGUGGGGAUCGAGCUCUCUUUCCUCCUUCGGACGUCGCUGUUCGUCCCCGACUUCGGCGCCAUCGAUCCUCCCCAAGCCCACCUUUGCACCACUACGGGAUCCCGACCCCGAGACUGCCGCUGAUGCCGCUGUGUUCAAGUACGUCGACGACGACCCCUUCUUCUUGUCUGAGCAACCAGAUGUCGGAGCCCAGGAACCAGAUGCCACCGUUGAUGCCUACUACUACUACGUGAAGACCGCCGACGACCAGGAGUAGUUAGGAGGCUCCCAGGCAGGAGGCCUUGCCUUUUUGAUCGAUGUUGCUUUUGUGCUAGCCUUCUUAAGGAAAACUUGUUUAACUCAUGUCUGUACCCAG